UUAGGUUGCCAGCUGACUCAUAAUAUAUAUAUAUAUGUAUGUAUGUAUUGUUUGAUAGCUCCAUUCUUAAUAGCAAACCCCAAACCUUUUCUGCUUCUUCUUCUUGAUGUGAAUAAAAAAACCCAAUGGAGAAGACAUUGGAAAUUUCAAAACGAAGGCGUUUACUACUGGUGCCAUGUCCAUACCAGGGCCAUAUUAACCCAAUGCUUCAUCUAGCAACAUACCUACACCACAAUGGCUUCUCAAUAACCAUUGCUCACACAUUCUUCAACUCCAUAAACUCUAACCGCCACCCAGACUUCACGUUCGUCCACCUCAACGACCAACUCCCUAAUGACCUCCUCGUGUCUUUGGAUGUGGCCUCGGUGUUGCUCGCCAUCAAUGAUAAUUGCAAGGCUAGCUUGGAGGACAUCUUGGCCAAUAUCGUCGAAGAUGUCAUGUGUGUAAUACACGAUGAGGCCAUGUACUUUUGUGAGGCAGUGGCUAGUGGUUUUGGGGUUCGAAGUUUGGUGCUUCGAACAACUAGCAUAGCGGCAUGUAUUAGUCGGCUGGUUGUUCUACAACUUCAUGCAGAGGGUCGUCUUCCUCUACUUGAUCAAGGAUCCAUGGAAGAUGAGGUACCAAAUCUCCAUCCUUUGAGAUACAAAGACUUGCCAUUCUCGGUCACUUCAGAUGUCUCCAAAAUGGCAGAAGUAAUUCUCAAAAUGUACAAUAUCACCACUUCUUCAGCUGUGAUUUGGAACACAAUCCCAUGGCUUGAACCAUCUGAAUUCACCCAAAUCAAAACCAGAAUUUGCAACCAAGUCCCUAUUUUUCCAAUUGGCCCAAUUCACAAGAUUUCCCCAACCUCAUCCUCCUCAAGUUUACUCAGUGAAGACUCCACUUGCCUCUCAUGGCUUCACAAACAAGCCCCCAACUCAGUUAUCUAUGUCAGCUUAGGCAGCAUUGCCAUCUUAACAAACCAAGAACUUCAAGAGAUGGCUUGGGGCUUGGCUAAUAGCAAUCAACCGUUCUUGUGGGUCGUUCGCCCCGGCUCCAUUAAAGGCUCCGAUGGGAUUGGAUUCGUUUUGGAAGAGUUCCAAGUGAAGGUUGGAGAUAGAGGGUGCAUUGUGGAUUGGGCUCCACAGAAGGAAGUGUUGGCUCAUAGUGCUGUAGGUGGAUUUUGGAGCCACUGUGGUUGGAAUUCUACAGUUGAGAGCUUGAGUUUGGGUGUUCCAAUGUUAUGUAGGCCAUAUUCAGGAGAUCAAAGAGGAAACUCAAGGUAUAUCUGUUGUGUUUGGAGAGUGGGAUUGGGUUUGGAAGGUGAUGAGUUGAAAAGAAAUGAAGUGGAAAAGGGUAUUAGAAAAUUGAUGGUGGAAGAAGAAGGAAGGAAAAUGAGAGAAAGAGCAAUGGAUUUCAAGAGAAUGAUUGAAGAAUGUUUAAGGGAAGGUGGAUCUUGUUCUCGUAACUUGAAAGAGCUUGUUGAUUUCAUUAUGUCUUUUUAGAUAGUAUUAACCUAAUCAAUGGUUAUCUGAUUGAUCUCUUUAAUAAACCUCUAUUGAACUACAUAUAUAUGUGAUAUUAAAAUUUAUUUGAAA